ACGUAGAGUGGCGGGUCCGACUGCUGGGCUCACUGACGGGAGUCGGAGACGCGCAGCGGACACCUUACGAGGAAGGGAUUUCCUAUGGUGGCAACCCAGCGGUGGGCCAUGGGCAAUGGUUCAAUGAAAGUCACCCGACAGGAGGAGAGCUGUCUGGCCCAUGGUCUCAAGGAGCCCCCUGUAUGGGAGGCGGCAGAGGCCCUGAGGGCCCGUGUAGCCUUUCUGGAAGAGGAGUUGAGUUGCAGGGAGCAAGAGUUGCAGGCACGGGAUGAGCAGCUGCAGGCCCUACAGAAGGAGCUGGAAGCUCAGCUGUCCCAGAUCCACAAACUCCAGGAUGCCAUUGGCUACAACAACCUUGCCUGCUCACCAUCUCUUAAGCCUGGUUCCACCCGGCGCUUGCUGAGUGUUAUCGACCAGGGUCCUGCACGUUUCCAUCGGGUGGCCGUGGAAGUGCAUCGUCGGCUGCGGGCCAAGGAAGGCGUGUCAGCAGAGCCCACAUCCGGCGAGUAUUGGGACAUCCCCCAAAACCAGUCCACCUGCCUGGAGAGGGCCCAUAUUCGCAAGGACUCCAGCACCAAGCGGUUGAUCAACAAUGCCAUCAUGAACAAUGACUUCCUGAAGAAGCUGGAUCCGCAGCACAUACGUGACAUGGUGGAGUGCAUGUAUGAGAGGAGCUACGCUCAGGGUCACCUGGUCAUCACUGAGGGCGAGCCAGGCAACUACCUGUAUGUGCUGGCAGAUGGCCUGCUGGAAGUCCUACAGAACGGUAAGCUGCUGGGACAGAUGCGUCCUGGGACAGCAUUUGGGGAAUUGGCCAUACUCUACAACUGCAAGCGGACUGCAACAGUUAAAGCUGUUUCCCAAUCCCGGAUCUGGGUCUUGGAACGACAGAUGUUCCAGGGCAUCAUGAUGUCUACAGCACAGGCCAGGAAUGAGAAGUACUUCAGCUUCUUACGCAGUGUGUCCUUGCUGAAAGGACUACCAGAGGAGAAACUAGCCAAGAUUGUUGACUGUCUAGAAGUGGACUACUUUGACAAAGGAGACUACAUUAUCCGCGAAGGAGAGGAGGGAAAUACUUUUUUUAUUAUAGCAAAAGGAGAGGUUUCUGUCACGCAAACCGUGGAGGGAUUCCCUGAGCCACAGGAGAUAAAGACAUUGGGUGUGGGUGAUUACUUCGGAGAGAAGGCGCUUGUGAGUGAAGAUGUGCGCUCUGCCAACAUCAUCUGCAAGGAGAACGACACGGAGUGCCUGGUGCUGGACAGAGAUAACUUCAACCAGAUGGUGGGGACAUAUGAGGAGCUGCAGGCCUACCUGAGGGAAUAUGUGGAGCAACUCUCACUCAGUGAUGAGAGAAGGAACAUAGCACCCAGGUCACCAACAGCAGAUACCCCAGAGGAGAGGGAGCUAAUGAAAUUGCAGGAGAAGGCAGCCCACCUGCCGGACACCGGUCCAUUGCAACACCUACAGGUUGUGGCCACCCUGGGCGUGGGGGGCUUUGGCAGGGUGGAGCUGGUGAAACUCAAGGAUGAGGACACAGUAUUUGCCUUGAAGUGUAUCAAAAAGAAGCAUGUAGUGGACACGAGGCAGCAGGAGCAUGUCUACUCAGAGAAGAACAUCCUUCAGCAAGCUCACUCUCCUUUUAUUGUCAGGAUGUUCCGGACUUUUAAGGACGAGAAAUAUGUCUAUAUGCUGCUGGAGGUCUGCCUUGGAGGGGAACUGUGGAGCAUCCUGAGAGACAUGGGGUCUUUUGAUGAAUCCAUGGCUCGGUUCUGCAUAGGCUGUGUCCUAGAGGCCUUCGACUACCUGCAUCGACGGGGCAUCGUGUAUCGGGACUUGAAGCCAGAGAACCUCUUGCUGGACAGUAUGGGCUAUGUGAAAAUGACUGACUUUGGCUUUGCCAAGAAGAUUGGGCCAGGUAAGAAGACAUGGACAUUCUGUGGCACGCCAGAGUAUGUGGCCCCUGAGGUGAUCCUUAACAAGGGCCAUGACUUUGGAGCUGACUGCUGGUCGCUGGGCAUCCUGAUCUUUGAGCUGCUCACUGGCAGCCCGCCCUUUUCCGGCUCAGACCCCAUUAAAAUCUACACUAUGGUUCUCCACGGUAUUGAGAAAGUGGACUUUCCUAAGCGGAUUAGCAAAAGGCCAGAUGACCUCAUACGAAGUCUUUGCAGGCUGAACCCUGCGGAGAGACUUGGCAACAAGAAAAAUGGCAUCAUGGACAUCAAGAAGCAGAAGUGGUUCCAGGGGUUCAACUGGGAGGGGCUGAGGACCCGUAAACUGUCUUCACCACUGAAGAGAGAGCUCAGUGGGCCUCUGGACCACAGCCACUUUGAUAUCUUCCCCCCUGACAUGGAGGAGCCCCUGGAUGAGUUGUCAGGCUGGGAUAAAGACUUCUAA